UUCUUUUUUUGGGAUUAAUUCGGUGGGUGAACUGAAAGAAACCAUUUACCGGUGAAGGGCGGGGGAUCGCGGCACCGUUACUCGGCGUCAUUUUCCCGCAAACUAGAGGCCCCCUCCGCCUGUCGAUCGUCUUUCUCCAACGAGGAGGGAGCCAGGGAGACGAACUCCUUGUUCCGCCAUGGACGCCCAUCAUGCAUCCCUCGGCCGUCGUACGUUGGAGGAGCUUCGGCAGAAAAGGGCGGCGGAUCGGCUCACUUCAUCGAAUCAGGCAGGGUUGCAUAGAUCAGGCAUUGCAAGUCAAGGGAGUUCUUCAUCGAGCAUUAAUCAGAAUUUGGAGAGGGAUUCUCGUUCGUCCCCAUUUUCUGGGCAAGAUAUUGAGAGGAAGAUCAAGGAUUUGGAAGAGGAAAAUAAAAGAUUGGCUUUGAAGCUCGAAGUGAAGGAAAUUGAGCAUGAUGCCUUGCAAAACCAAUUAAAUGAUUUGGUACACGGAGAAUUGCCAUCAUUAAGGAAAGCUGUUAAGGAUCUAUCAAUGGAAAAGAAUGCUGCAAUUGUAGCAAGGGAGGAUCUCCUGGCCCAACUUCGUGGGGUUAAAAGGCAGUUAAAAGAGGCAGAAGAGGAGCAAUAUAAGGCUGAAGAAGAUUCUGCUGCAUUGAGAGCUGAGAUAAAAUUAAUGCAACAACAGCUAGAGAGGCAACAAGAUGGGAGCAUUUCUUCCAUACCUGUUAAAGUCGAGCAGAUGCAAGCCAUGGAACAUGAAGUCGCCAGGCUUAAAACAGAAUUGGAGCAAGAAUCACUGCUGAGGCAUCAGGAACAACAAAUGCUGACAGAGGAGCAGCUUAAAGUUGCGACUCUUACAAAAGAAAAACAAAAUCUAGAGGAAAAAUUGUCUGAUUUAUCCAAGAAAGUUUUAGAUCAAGCUGCGGUAGAAGCUAGCAGGCAUGCAUUUUCUAAGGAUGAAAAGAUAAAGCUUGAGAACCAAUUGCAUGAGCUAGCUGUGAUGGUUGAAAGGUUAGAGACUGGUCGUCAGAAGCUUUUGGUGGAGAUUGAUUCACAAUCUUCAGAAAUUGAGAUGCUGUUUGAGGAAAACACAGACUUGUCAACUUCAUACAAGGACGCAAUGCUUGUCGCUGCUCAGUGGGAAAAUCAGGUAAAAGAGUGUCUAAAGCAGAACGAAGAACUCCGGGAGACACUUAGUAAUUUGAGAACAGAGCAGGCCAAGGCAUCACAUUUGAGCAAUGCAGAUGGAGGGUCGUCCAUAGAAGGGUACAGUAGAAGUUUAUCUGGUGAUGUGCAAGGGUUGGAGAAUGUUGCUUUCAAGGAGGAAUUGGCAAAAGAACAGACUAAAGCAGAGGCAUUAGCUGCAGAGGUGAUGCGGCUUUCAGCGGAUCUGAAGCGCAUAACGCAAGCAUAUGAUGGCCUUAUACGAUUUUAUAAGCCCAUACUGCGGAACAUCGAGAAUAGUCUAAUCAAGAUGAAGCGAGAUACUCCCACAGCAGUCUGAUGAUACCAUAUAUUUGUCCUGCUGGAUUUUGUGGUUUUCCUUAGAUGAUGCUUGGAGUGAACCUUGUGAACUCAGCGACGACCCUCCCUUGAUUUUCUAAGGGCUGAAAAUCCAAUUGCUUGGCAUCAAGGUUGAUGGAUGAACUGAAAAUCGAAGAUAUCUUUAGGUACUCGAUGGAAAAUCGCGGAUUGAACAAGGUGAGCACAUCCUACACGCCAGAAAGCGGUGACUCGUUUAUAAAUGCCUGCAAUUUUGUAAUUCUUUGGUUGGAAUAGGUGGGGAGAAGAUCUUUUAUUAUUUUCACUGAUUUAUGCUACUACAUUGUUUCAAGUUCCGAUGAAAAGUCUUGCAGGGGGUUACUAUGUUGUUUGAAGUUAAUCAUCCUUGGAUUCUGUAAUAUAUUGUCCUUCACUAAUGGAUAUAUGAGUGGUUGACAUAUAAAAUAUAUGUUAGAUAUUUUUAUAAACCACCUAGCAAAAGGUGCCUUUUUCUA